GGUUCGAAUCAUGGAACAUUUAUCCAAAAUAAUACAUUUAUUGCAAUUAUACCUAAUGAAAAUGAUAACAAGAAUUGGCAAUUUAUUACAACUGAAGUUCCUAAACUUCUACCAGAUGAUAAAGGAUAUAUUAAUCCAAAUAUUGAAUCUACUUAUCCACCAAUAAAUGGAAUAAUAAAAUUAGCAAGUGAAGAAAUAAAUAUAACAUAUAAUUUACCAAUUGUUCCAACUGUUAAUAAUAUUUCUAUCUAUCAGAUAAAUAAUAAUAAUCAAGAUAUUUUCAGACAAUCAUUCUCAGCUAAUUCAGAAUAUUGUAAAAUAAGUGAUGAUAAAAAAAGCUUGACCAUUCAAGUAUUAACAAGCACGUUUAAUCUUCCUAACACAAGCUAUUAUGUAAUAGUUGAUAAUGGUGCAUUAAUUAAAUUUUCCACUGACCAACCAUUAACAGGAAUUCUUGAAAAUGUGUGGAAAUUUACUACAG